UCAUAUCCUAUUAUUCCUAUGAUCUUAUUCGAUUUUAUAUUUAGAAAAAUAUUCUCUUUUAAUAUUCUAUCAGACUGAAAAUUCUACUCGUUACACUGCAAGUCUGCAAACACUUCGCAAAAUCGAAGCCCUUGCUGGAAUUCCAGCUGUGAGUUGAAUAUGGAUGCUGGAAGCGGUAGUGGAAAUGUGAAUGAUCGGAAUAAUCUGCAAAAUGUCAGGCAAACAUAUAGAGCAGGUGCAAGCGUCCCGGACCAGUAGCUCUGCAUCAUCCACUUCUGAUCGCGGAGGUACUUCUACUUCCGCUGGCCGUGUAUCUGAUCCUAGUCCAUCUGUUGCUUCGCUGCCUUCAAUGAUGUCAACACUUAAUCCAUAUGCCAAGGAGUUUAAAUUGGAUCCAAAUGAUAAGAUCUUCACCCCAUUUCAGAGAUCUAGGCCGUCUUUCCCUAUUGCAGAUAAUUCUUUACAUCAUCCACCUAUGGCUAAUGCGACACAUAUGCAUGGCAUACCAUCUAGUGUCAGGGCUGGACCUUCGUUUGCUGCGCAGCAGUCAGUUAUGUAUAAUCCACUGGCUGCGCCAAUGCAACAACAAAUUUACAAUCCAAGCGUACCCCAGGCUGUUAAUAGUCAACAACCUAAUUUUACCCACUUUGUAUCACUUCCUUUGGCUAUUUAUCCUGGACUACUUGACAAACUUGCCAAUUUUAAAGAAACAAUACUACGUGAAAUGGCAGCUGAUGGAAUUGAGGAGUCCAUAUUUGCUAAACUAGAAUCCAUUCACCUAACUGUUCUCAUGCUAAAGUUAUCGAAUGAGGAGCAGGUUAAAGCAGCUACAGAGGUUAUGCAGAGUGCCUCAUCAAUAGUAAAGGAUACUUUAGAAAACCGGCCACUUUUGAUCAUACUUAAGGGACUGAAAUGCAUUAAAGGCUCUGAGGCCAAGGCCAUUGUUGUUUACGCUCCUGUAGAAGUAAUUGGUGGCGAUGAACCACUUUUGCGUGCUUACGAUGCCAUCAAGGAUGCGUUUGUUCAUGCUGGCUUGGUCGUUGGGUAUGAUAGGAAAAAUCUGAAGGAUAAAAAUGCCGGGAAUCGCUUUCGGCCGAUUCGAUGACUCGUUCAGCUUCGCCUCAAUUAAGGCGUACGUCGCUGAGUUCAUCUCCACCAUGCUCUUCGUCUUCGCAGGCGUCGGUUCCGCCAUUGCUUUCAACAGCUUGACUUCGGCCGCCGCUCUCAACCCGGCGGGGCUGGUGGCGAUCGCGAUUGCGCACGCAUUCGCUCUCUUCGUCGCAGUUUCGGUCGGAGCGAACAUCUCCGGCGGCCACGUCAACCCCGCCGUCACCUUUGGAUU